AUGUGUGCAGCUUUUGAACUGGUUGCUAUGUGGGGAGAGAAAAUGGUGGAAAGCUCCAUGGAGAUGGCUGACAACAGUAGUGAUACUCCUAGUGUUGAGGCUAAUGAAUACUUUUCUUAUCCAUCAGUUGCAAAAGAAGAAGGUCUUCCCUGGACCGUUGCUAAAGGACACGACACUUUCACACCUAUCAGCUCCAUUUUGUCUUUGUCAAGGGUGCCAGAUCCUCAUAUCUUGGAAUUGUGGUUAAAGUCAGAAGGUCAAGAAAGGGAUUUUUCAACUUUUAAUGAGGAUAUUGGUGAGAGUAGCACUUCUAGAGGGGUGUCAAAUUCCAGAAAUACCCCUCAACCUAGCUUCCCCAGUUCAAGCUUUGAUAUGCAGGAACAAUUAAAAAAUCAAAUGAAGAAUCCAGCUAUGCAUGAGAUGAUGUCAUCAAUGAUGAAAAAUAUAAGUCCAGAUAUGAUGGCAAGUAUGAGUAAACAAUUUGGAUAUAAAAUGUCACGUGAGGAUGGAGAAAAAGCUCAACAAGCAAUGUCAUCUUUAUCACCAGAGAGCAUUGAUAAAAUGUUUUUUGAUUUGCUAAACAUCUUUGCGCUCAAUGGUCUUCCCUCUGAUGAAAAUCCAUAUUUGUUUAAUGGUGAUUUUGUUGAUCGGGGGUCUUUCUCUGUUGAGGUUAUUCUUACACUUUUUGCAUUCAAGUGUAUGUCUCCAUCAGCUAUUAAACACUACUAUAGAUUAUGCAAGUCCCUUGUUGAAGCAAUGCGUGAGUUAAGGUCACAAGAAUUAUCGGAGCAGGGGUUCAUUAGUCUUAAAGAAUUAUGA